AUGGCAUCGAAGAUCCCCUCGCGCUCUCUCCUCACAUUUCUAAAAGAGGCCCGCCGCGCACACCUUCAAUUCCUCUCCUCAGGCUCACCAUCCCCCAUCUACGUCGUCGGCAACCCCUCCGUCGACCUCGACUCUAUUAUAUCUGCCAUUGUCUAUUCCUACUUCGCCCAUAACCGCACUCAUAUAACUCCCAUUCGACCACAUGUCCCGCUUAUCAAUCUGUCCAAUGUGUCUGCGGGUCCGGAACUGCGCAGACUGCGGCCUGAGUUCGUGAAAGCGUUGUGGCUCUGCACGGGGAAGAGUGAAAGUGAGAAAUGGGAGGAUACGCCCGAGUCGGCGGGGGACAUGCUCAGGGAACACAUUGUCACGGUACAGGAUUUUGCGGAGCAAUUGCGGGAGAGGUAUAUACAAGAGCAAAGUGCAGAUGCGCUUAUGGUGGAUUGGAAUGCAAUGCCCAUGCGGGAUGGGCAGCAAGGACGGGGGUCGUUGGAUGGGCUUCCAUCUGUGGUAUUCCAGAUUGUGGGUUGUGUAGACCACCACAUUGACGAGGGCUUCCUUCCCUCUGCUGAAUCUCUCCCAUCUGGCCAACCGCUCGUCGUUAAGCAAGCAGGAUCCUGCACGUCAUUGGUGGUAAACACACUUCGCGAAAAGGGUCUCUGGCAAGGGGGCGACAAAGGUAAUACCGGGGAUAUACAAGUUGCCCAACUCGCACUAUCCUCCAUUCUCAUCGACACAACAAACCUCACUUCAAAGGACAAAACGACCAACCACGAUACCGACGCUUUUGCUUUCUUAUCCUCGAAAAUCCACAAUGAACAAAACACGGUCCAUACAAUGACAACAUCAUUCUACGAACAAAUCCACGCAACGAAACAGAACAGUCUCGACCUCCUCACAGUAGAUGAGAUCCUAGUGCGCGACUACAAGCAAUGGGAAGAGAAGCCACGCGGCGAAUCUAUGAGAUUGGGCUUUUGUUCAACAGUUAGGUCCCUGCCUUGGAUUAUCAAAAAAGCAGGAGACUCACGAAAAUUGCUGGGAUCGCUGCAUGCGUUGUGCGAUAGGGAAAGAUUGGACAUUGUAGUCGUCAUGACGGCGUUUACUUCUCCCGUACGGGACAACCAGUUCUGUCGGGAGUUGCUUGUUUUAGCCGCGGAUGGUGAUAACAAGAAUGAGGUCGUUAAAGAAGCUCUCGAUUCAUUUGUCUCUAAGGCUAAUUCGCAGCUCGGUUUAGCGAAUUGGUAUCCCCUGGAAGAUGGGAUUUCCGAAACAUCAUCGCAGGAUAUCAAAUCUACAUUGAAUCAGGACGAGUCGUGGAGGCGUGUCUGGGUGCAAACAAACCUGAGCAUGAGUAGGAAACAGGUUGCACCAUUGUUAAGGGAAGCGAUUGCUACCCAGUGA